AUGGUCGGCUGCCGACCUACAUCCAGCCGGGAGUUCGAUCUACAACAGUUCCGAAUGACCUACGAGGGUCGCAACGCAGAUCUCUUACACUUUAUUAGCGUUAAAGUUAUCAUGGACACAGAUGCUUCACUCUCUUCAAAGGGGAAGGACGCUAAUGUUGUUGAUGAUGGUUCACUUCCGUCAGAUAUACGGGAGCUUCGUAAUAAGGUCGUAGAGCUCAGAAAUCAAGAAUUAAAAAAGAUACUUGCCACGCGCGAUUCCGUGUUAAAGCACUUGUUCUACAUGAAUUAUAUGUUAAGUAAAUCGGAUACCAUAGAAACGUACACGGAAAUAAUCCACGACGUCAAUGAGAAGGUUGAUCAGGCGAAAUUACGAGAUUUCUUGCAGAUUCACAAGUUGGACUCCGAGAAAAAAAUGGAUUCUGAAAAAAGCGUCAAAUCCAACGACUCGAUAGUUGCCAGUCCAAAUGCUGCAAUUCAAAACGCUCUAGAACAGCCGCAAAACAUUCAACCAACAAAUAGCAAUAAUCAAACGCCCAUCGACCAAACCGCCCAACCGAAGAAACAAAAAAGAGUAUCGCUUCCUCCGGUCGAAAGAAUGGUGACCCGUGCGGCGAGCGGCGCAAUAAACCCCAAAAGCGUAGACGAGAUUCUAAAGGACGCGGAGAGACUGGGCGGUUUUGCUUCUUCCUCGGCUCUUUCAACAUCUCCGACCCCCUUAAAACUAAAUUUGCAGCCAAGGAGACAGUCACAGCAAAGGGCUUCCCCCGUCACGCCGAGAGGUGAAGGGAGACAAGCUGCAAACAACUCCCUAGGAAGAGGUUUCGAAAAUGCUCAAACUCGCAUUAACGACAGAGAAUUGGACGGUUUCGAAAAGGUCGCGCGCGAAGAAGUUAAAAUGGUACGGGUUUUGGAACGCAUUGAUCAAUUAAAGAGCCAAUGCCUAUGGAGCUUUCAACAAAUCGAACCAUUCAGGGAUCCCCCGAGACCUUAUGCUCACCGCGACUACUUGCUUGACGAGAUGAUAUGGAUACAAAAGGAUUUCAAGAAAGAGCGAAAAUGGAAGAUAGCCGCUGCAUUUUAUAUGGCUCGUUGGGUAAUGGAAUGGCAUGAGUGCAAACAUGAUAAGGAUAAAAGAGAAGCAUUGUGCGUCAAAGCACGAAUUCCUCAUAAAAGUUCUCCGAAGCAACAGGUUGAAACUCGCGAAAAUAUACAAGAGGCAUCACCUGAUGGCAUAAUAAACGCAGUCAAUGACGAUAUUAAGUCAGAACCUGUGGAUGAGGCACGUGGUUUGAAUGAACUUCCGACCAAGUGGUCAUCUUCGGAUGAGGUGAUGAUUGACGUUGAAUCGGUAGAUGACGAGACAACCAGGAUCAACACAGAUCAAACAAAGGACAAUGAUGCCAUUAUAAUGCCACCUCCAAUAGCGCCUAGUGUGUUACAGAGUUUGCGACAAAAAGUCACCUCCCUUCCAGCCGAUGCAUUUUUGUGUUGUUUAGAAGGACCGGAUGGUCAAGUUUACGAUGUGGAUUCAAUAUUUCCCGAUUUGCCCACAUACGAGCCACCACGACCGUCUGACAAAGACGUGUAUGUUGACUACAUUCAUUACUCUCGCAUAAUGCCUAUCUCGAAGCGCAUGUAUCGACGUCCGAGGAGUGUGAAGGGUGCACGAAAGAGAUCCAUGAGCGAAGAUACACAAGGCAUAAAGAAAAUUAAAAUUGAGGGCGAUGAUGUGGAAACAUCGGAUGAACAAGACAAUAAGACAUCACUGUUUUCAUCGCAGAGUUCACCGAUUCACGUAAAAGCUCCACGAUCAGACUUGGACACACCUUGCAUUUGGUACCCCGAAGACGACGAGUUGUUGAUGACUCUAGCGAAACAAUUCCAAUAUAAUUGGGAAUUGAUAGCUGACGCAUGGAAUUCUACUCGCGGUGGUAUAACCGGCUUUCCAAGAACACCGUGGACCUGUUACCAGCGAUGGUCCCAAAAAGAAAAUUUAUCACAAUUUAUCAUUAUCCACGAGAAUGAGACUUCAAACGAAAGUUCGAACGAAUUGUUAGCGGGGGACAACGCAAUUGACGCACCAUCAAUAUCCUCAACAGCUGCCGGCCCGUCUACGACGGCGAAUGUUAGAACAAAGAGGGAUAUAAUACCAAAGAAAGUCUCGAAACCAGAGGUCCCAAAAGCACGUCGAAAUUCAAGUUUGCUUGAUGUGAUCAGGAAAUCAGUAAAGAAACGUCAGGAUGCAAUUUUGAAACAAUCACAAAGCAGAAGAACUACCGACCCACCUGUUCCAGUCAUUCAUCCGGUUCUUAGUCCAAUAGAAUUAAGUAAAUUAAAAUCCGAGAACGAGCGUCGGGUUCAAGCGGCUUUAUUGGAGCAACGUCAGGCUGCGGCCCUUGCCUUUCAGUCACAUGUUAGGGCGCCCACAGGAGUUCCUUACAUUGCGCAGGGUAGACCGCCGAUUACCACAUCAAACCAACUUCAAGCAUAUGUAAUGCAACAACAGCGACAGGCGAAUGCUAUAGCGGUCCAACGUCAUCCCACCCAACAGAUUGCUCCCACAAUGGCUCAACAAUCAUUCUAUAAUAAUGUUCGAAUUCAACAAGCACAACGUGCACAACACAUGUUACAAGGUACCCAAACACCGUCACACCAAAAUCAACAAUCAAUCUCCCAGCAACACCAACAAAUCGGACAGCAAUCGCCGCAACCUCCUCCAUCGCAACAAGCAGCAAUACAAUCACAGACCCCCCAAACCUCGCAACAAUCACAACAGACUACUCAACAACAAUGA